AUGCCUUCGGGGACUGACGGCCCCGCAUACCCGAGUCACCCAGCUUCCAAGGUUGGCAGCCUGGAAGUUGAAGAAUUGGUUGCUCCCAUUACGCGAAGUAUGAUUCAGGGCGGUAGAGGGCAGCAGGCUGGCCCUCUUCGGAGCCGUCCGGAGGUAGAGCCUGUUGGGGUCAGCUGUGGGGCAAGCGGCGCAGCCCCCCGAGAUGGCACCGUAAGCCCAAUCUCAUUUUCCCUUAGGAGAGGAAGGAGGAGCAACAGCUUGGAUGGAAUUCGAUUCCGUCCCGCUGACGUUCUCAGACGAGAUGGGAGAACACGCUGGACUGAGGAACAAAAUGUACUGCUUAUGCGUGUUCAUUUUAUAUCGAAGGAAUUGGAACAGAGAGAAAACCUGAACUAUAGACAGACACUCACCCAAACCUGGAAUGAGAUAAAUCCGGAGAAACCAUCUUAUCCAAAUCUGCUGGCGAAUAGAAUCAAGUGGUUGCUGAAUAACGAUAAGUUCACUGCAAUAGAGCUCGACAACAUUAAGCUCAGCUGUUAUCCACGAAGCGCAAUAUACGAUUGUCGUGAACAAUCCACUGGGACAGUUCCUACCCAGACACCAGAAGAGGAAGAAAGCAGCGCAGUCAAACCCAGCACGCUAGAACGACAACUCCUCAAAAAUCACCUCUUGUACGCUGGAAUACCACCUGAAAACAGGCCAAGAAUACCUAGAAUGAAAGGCUCGAAGUUAAUGUUGCAAAAGGUACACGAAAUCGACAAAUUACUUGAGAGAAACUUACCACUAACAGGAACGCUGGAGCAGGUAACGGAUUUCGUUUACGCGGGCGCGAUUACUGCAUGCACUGAAUUGGGGGCGAAGAUAGUAGAUACACAACCAAAGAAACAGGAAACAGCACCACCUUGGAAACAGCGGCUAGAAAAAAAGAUAACAGAUAUCAGAAAAAAAAUCGGCAUAUUACAUACUUACCUGAGCACCCAACCACCAUCAGGCAGGGUUGAGAAACUGACACGCCAGAUAGCAUCCACAUUCAAGAUCAAAGCUCGAAACAGCUGCUUCAGGGAAAGUGUUGUCGUGAUAUCUGACAGGCUGAAACAAAAGAUUAAAGUAUUAGGUUGCAGGCUCCAACGAUACAACGAAAGAGUUGAAAGAUACAAGAAUAACCAACUCUUCUAUAAGAAUCAGCAGCAGUUUUUCCGCCAGCUUGAAGAUGAAACCUCCGUUGGGGAAGAACCACCCACUGAAGAAGAAAUGCACCUGUUCUGGAAAAACAUAUGGGAGGAAGAGAAAAUCCACGACGAUAGUCCACAAUGGGUCAGAGAAGCCGAAAGGGAAUCAUCAAAAUAUCGGAUGGAUGAUGUGACCAUUACAGAGGAAGACAUUAAAGCGACGCUGAAAAAAACAAAUAACUGGUCAGCCCCUGGCGUGGAUAAAAUCCAAAAUUAUUGGUGGAAAUACUUCGCGGCAACGCAUCAACAUCUUGCGAAACUUUUCCAGGAAACCCUUGAAGAUCCUACCAAAAUACCUGACUUCUUCACACUCGGAAUAUCACACAUGCUGCCGAAAGGAAACAACGCAGCCAACCCUAAGAACUAUAGACCUAUUACCUGUCUCCCUACAAUCUACAAAGUGCUGACAGGGGUCUUAACGCGUCAUAUUUGGAAGCAUGUAAACGAAAGUAAUAUUUUGGCACCUGAACAGAAGGGAUGCCGAAGAAAUGCCCGAGGAUGCAAGGAGAUGCUGAUCACUGAUUUCAUUAUCACUAAACAGGUGAAAAGAAGACAGAGGAACAUAUCGCUGGCUUGGGUGGACUAUCGGAAAGCGUUUGACUCGAUCCCGCACUCCUGGCUGAAAAAAACACUCCACCUAUACGGAAUUUCUAAACCGGUUAUAGCCUUACUGGAGCAUAUGAUGAAGACUUGGCGCACACAGCUGGAAGUUAACUCCAAAAAUAAAUAUUAUAAGACCGCUGAAAUAAAAAUCCGGAGAGGUAUCUUCCAGGGAGAUACCCUGAGUCCGCUCUGGUUCUGUUUGGCACUGAACAUUCUGAGCAAGCUACUGAAAAACCAAAUUUACGGAUACGUCGUCCAUAAGGCACGGAACAUUAAGAUAAAUCAUCAAAUGUACGUGGACGACCUCAAGUUAUAUGCUGCGAACGAGGAGCAGAUAAAACAACAACUUAAAAUAGUAGCUUCGUUCAGUGAGACGAUAGGAAUGGAGAUGGGACUUGAGAAGUGCGCUGUGGUUCACGUGAGGAGGGGCAAAGUGCAGGACGGUGCUGGUCUGCAUGUGAUGGACGAUAUAACCAUACCAGGUCUGGGUCCUCAAGAGUCCUAUAAAUACCUUGGAGUGCAACAAGCCCUGGACAUAAAGACCACUGAGAUGAAGGGUGUGUUCAGAGAGAAGUUUCUGACCAGACUCAGAAAAGUGCUUCAAAGCAAGUUGAACUCCAAGAUCUACAAGAUCUAG